CCGACGACCGGGCCAAAUCAGCGGCGUCAACAUGGCGGCGAUGGGUGUCAUUGUGGACCAGUUUGUGGCACUAUGGACAAUUCCUACGAUCCGUAGGAACUUUCCGUGGACAUUUCUAAUCAUUUCAGGCGUGGGGUCGAUCCUGAAGGAGCUGGAGCUCGUGCCGCAGACGUAUUUCAGCAGCAGCAGAAAUUUCCUGAACGUAUUUUUUGUCAAACUGUCAUGGGGUUGGACGCUGUUGCUGCUGACACCGUUCCUCCUCCUCUCCAACUCCUCCUUCAGCAGCAGUGUCUCCUUCCUCAGCCGCCGGCUGUCAUCUCUGGCAGUGGCGACACUUAUCUGGUACGUCUGCACAGAAACCUUCUUCUACAUCGAGGAUGCGACUGGUUCUUGUUACGAAAACAGCACCUUCAGUGUUAUGAAAACGGAGUUUGUGUCCAAAGCCACCUGCAGGCAGGCCGGCUUUCACUGGCAUGGCUUCGACAUCUCGGGACACUCCUUCAUCCUGGCGUAUUCUUCCCUCCUCAUCAUGGAGGAAACGGCUCCAAUGGCCUUCUUGAGGACAAGCAACCUGUCUGCACACCUCAUCGCCGUCCUCAGUCUGCUGUAUGUGGCCUUGAAUCUGAUUAUACUUCUGUGGGUUUGGAUGUUUGCCUGCACAUCUGUUUACUUCCAUGAUCUAUCACACAAGUUGCUAGGGACCAUGUUGGGCCUGUUGGCUUGGUAUUUGACAUAUCGGGUUUGGUAUUUGAAGCCUUUAUCACCAGGACUUCCCCCUCAGCGCCAUCCUAAAGAACAGAAACAACAUGCUUAAGCUAAUCCCAUGCUAACUUCUAUAUAUGGCUUCUGAUUUUACAGCCAUAGUCAACACAAAACACUAUUCAUGACAAUAUUUGUAUCUGGGUCCAUGAUACUUGAAACUAUUUUGAGUUAUUCCCUCCUCACAGGAAGGUUGCUUUGUACAAGAUGACUGACCUGCAGCCCUCCACAGUGUUUAGUAGCUGCUGAUCCCACUAUGAUUCCCGGUAACCUGAGAUAAAAGCAGGACUGCCCUGCUGUCCAGAGGGGUCCUAUGAAGAGGUGAACAGCUUAGCAAGGAGCAGUUUAUACAGAUUAGAUCACCAUGGUAACCGACGCUGGACACAAUGCUAAAAAAGCCUACAUUUUCCUAAUGAUGUGCAGAGAAUACAAAAUCUUUUAAGUCAGAUCAGUUUCAGGUUUUAUUUCUCUGAUGUGUAACUAUUUUGUUAGAAAUAAGGCAGCUGGCAGUUGUUUAAAUAAACCCUAUAUUAAUUUAAAUUUAGAAUUGGCCUUACUUGGAGCAACACUGUCCCUUUUUGCCAUAAUAUUUCAUCAUUUUCUUCACACCUCAGUUUACUUUGAGCAGAAUCCAAGAAUCCUGACUUCAGUGCACCCCUCAGCUUCAGCCUGUCUGGCUCAGAUUCAGCCAUUGUUUGUCUGCCUUAUAACACUUUACUCAUGAUUUUAUGAGUGGGAACACCUGAAUGUUUACAGCACUGAUGAUAUGUGGAUAUAAAUGUUUAUUAAUAUUGACUAUGUUCAGAAGGGAUGUUGUCCCUCAGAGAUCCUCCUUUCAUCCUACAGGUAGGAUUUAAAAUGAGCUGCUUCUUUUUUUCUGUCAGUGUGUCAAGAGUUGUAGUAACAAAUGCAAUUAUAAACAGUUUUUAAAAAGGUGGAAAUAUGACUAUUUAAAUAUGAAAUCUGUUUUUAAACAGUUUAAUCUGUUAAAUCUUAUAUAUUUAGGGGAUAAAAUGCCAUAAUAAUCUAUAAAAGCCAGCACAUCUCAGAGAUAGUUUAUUGCCAAAAGUAUUUGCUCGCCUGCCUUGACUCUCAUAUGAACUUAAUAGACAUCCCAUUCUUAAUCAAAUGAGUUCAGAAUGACAUUGGGCCGCUCUUUGCAGCGAUAACAGCUUCAGCUCUUUUGAUAGGGCUUUCCACAAGGUUUAAAAGUGUGUUGAUAGGAAUUUUUGAGCAUUCCUCCAGAAGCACAUCUGUGAGGUCAGACACGGAUGCUGGAGGAGAAGGCCUGGCUCUCAGCCUCCUGAAGCCCACAUGAGGUUUUUUAGGUCUGUAGCAAUCUACUCUGCAGAAAGUUACUGGCCUUUGUACACAUGCUCCUCAGCAUCUGCCGACCAACUUCGUUCCCAAUCACUUCCACUUUGUUAUGAAACCACUGACAGUUGACUGUGUGAUAUUUUGGAGUCAGGAAAUUUCAUGACUGGACUUGUAGCACAAGUGGCAUCCUAACAGUACCAUGCUAGAAUUCACUGAGCUCCUGAGAGCAAACCCUUCCGUUACAAAUGUUUGUAGAAACAGUCCGCAGGCUUUGGGGCUUGGUUUUUAUACACCUGUGACAGUGGUGAUUGGAACGUCUGAUUUUAAUUAUUUGGAUGGGUGAGUGAAUACUUUUGGCAAAAUAUUGUGUAAGUACAGAAAAUGAAAAGAGUUCACUAAAAAGAUUGUUUUUUGUUUUUAAAAAAAAAAAAAAAAGGCUGGCUAGUUUUUUACUUGUAUAAUUUAUUCUGCUGAAAGCUUUAUUGUCCCACAAGAAGUUUUUUCCCUCUAUUCCUGAUAAGCUGACUGCUGUAAAUACUCAGCCAUGCAAUAGAUAUGUACAGUCCCAUUCCUGACAGACAGCGUUCAGCUGUGUUAGCCGGUUAGUUCCAUAUUCCAAAAUGUGUUUCAUGUGUGUACCUGUAAGACUCAGACUACUAAAAGUACUCUGAAAGGGUUUUCGUGUGUAAACUCUGUAACUUAGAACAAUGUUUGAUGCUGCACACAAAUAAAAAGUUUCUCUAGACUCUUUUCAUUAUUUAUUUGUCAUUGAUGGCAACUGAAUAAAUUAAGGCUUAUGAACAAACAUCAUAAAAAGCACCAUAAAUAAAUGCAUAUAUAUAUAUAUAUAUAAAUAUAAAAAAUAAAAA